GCAAUACAUAAGACGAUGCAGGAAGGCGGUGCUAAUGAGAAUACUACAGCAGCCAUCGAGGAAGCGAAGCCCGCUCCAGAUCCGGGAUCUAGUAGCCCUCCACCUGAACACCCGCCAGACGCUGCGAAGAUGGUGAAGACCGUGGCAAGCCUGACUGAAUUUCAGACACAGUUGAUGUCUGCUGGUGAACAGCUCAUAGUUAUUGACUUCUCUGCCACAUGGUGUGGACCAUGCAAAAUGAUCAAGCCUUUCUUCCACAGUCUUUCUGAAAAGUAUCCAGAUGUAGUGUUUGUUGAAAUUGACGUGGAUGAUGCUCAGGACGUUGCCGCCCACUGUGAUGUGAAGUGCAUGCCAACAUUCCAAUUUUACAAGAAUAACAAAAAGGUGCAUGAAUUCUCUGGAGCAAACAAAGAGAAGCUGGAAGAAACCAUUAAGAGUCUAAAGUAACUACAGACUCCUGCAUUAUGAAGUGCUGACUGUUAAAUUAUAGCCUUUUCUACAUAAUGAACUGAUCAAGUUAGAAUAUGUAACCAAACACACUUUUGACCCUGUGGCCUGUAAAUGAGAAGAAUAAAAAUGUGUAAAAUGGC